AUGAAUCCAGUCAACAUUGAGCCAUACAAGCUUCCAGCUGACGCCACUUGGCUAGUCACGGGCUGUUCGUCCGGCAUUGGGCGUGAGAUAGCCACAUUGAUAGCGAGCAAGCCUAACCAACGUAUUAUUGCCACGGCUCGAAGCCCAAACGAUCUUUCUUACCUCCCUGAUGGAAAUUCGAAUAUCCUCAAGCUUCCUCUAGACGUGACGUCUGUUGAAUCCGUGGAUGCUGCAUUCACGGCAGCAGCACAACAUUUUGGCGAAAACUUCCACCUCGACGUUGUUGUCAAUAACGCGGGAUACUCUCUUUCGGGAGAUACUGAGGGCGCAACAGAAGAGGAGAUGCAUCAAGCUAUGGAGACUGUGUUCUUCGGAACUGUGCGUGUUACAACACGUAGCAUUGCAGUGAUGAGACAGGCGAAAGAACGCCGGGGCGGGUUGAUCUUUCAAAUUUCGUCACUGGCUGGGCUGUGUGCAUUCCCUGGUCAUGCAUUCUACCAUGCUGGGAAGUUUGCCGUGGAGGGAUUCUCGGAGUCUGUGGCUAGGGAAAUGCAUCCCGAUUGGAACAUCAAUUUCUGUAUUGUGGAGCCUAGUGGCGUGAAAACCAAUUUCGAGGGUCACAGCAAGGCGAACAUCAAGCCGCAUCCUGCUUAUUUGGAUGAAGACAUGCCGGCUAGAAAACUUGAGAAGUAUGUCAACGCUGGGAAGAAGCUUGGUGUGGGUAUGGAGCCAUCUGCUUUGGCUGAGAUUCUUUUCAUGAUCGCUAGUCGGGAGGAACGUGUUCCGCUUCGACUUCCGCUAGGUGCUGUCUCUUGGAAGUUGUCCAAGUCUAAGUUUGAAGCACUGCUUGGAGAUUUUGAAGCAGUGAAGGAUAUCAGCGCUAUGGGUCAAGAGAUCUGA